UGAGGUCCAGGGAAGUGUAUGAAGAUCCUAGGUAUCUGGUAAAGGGACCCAGUGGGCCAGUGGAUCCUUGGGUCAUACAGGAAGUGGAAACGCCCAAGAUGCUACAAGCCGGGGGGGGGGGGGGUCUUCUCAAUCGUCCUCUCUGUUUUGGGUGAGAUCUGGGGUAAGAGUUACCUUACUCAGCAAGAUUCCAGCUGUGCCGCCCGCCCAGGGCUCCUCCCAGCCAGGUGACAGCCAAGGAGGAGGCGGAGAGGCCACCACCCCAGUCCAAAGCUGCAGGCUCCUAAGCCUGGAGUUGGUAGGAGGGACGGGACAGGGUGGGGCGGGAACAUCGACUGCCUGCUGGGAGUCAAAACGAAAGCAUUCCAGCUGAAACUGGGCCCGGAGUCGGGGCUCCGAGUGGGAAAGCAUGGCUGGAGAGGAAUUCUAGCCCUUGUUCUCUCCCGGGGACACAGGGCUGAUUGGCAGCAGGGGUGGGGUGUCUGCCCCCCCUCGGGGGGGCAGGACAGGGCCUCAGGCCUGGGUGCUGUCUAGCACCUGGAAGAUGCCUAUGUCCUGGUUCCUGCUGUCCUUGGCACUGGGCCGGAGCCCUGCGGUGGUUUCUCUGGAGAGGCUCGUGGAUCCUCACGACACUGCACGCUGCUCUCUAGGUCUUUCCUGCCACCUCUGGGAUGGUGACGUGCUCUGCCUGCCUGGAAGCAUCGAGCCUGCCUCAGGUCCUGUGCUGGUGCCCACCCGCCUGCAGACGGAGCUGGUGCUGAGGUGUCCACAGGAGACCGACUGCGCCCUCUGCGUCCGCGUGGUUGUGCACUUGGCUGUCCAUGGGGACUGGGAAGAGCCUGAAGAAAAGUCUGACUGGGAACUCCAGGAGCCUAGAAACGCGUCUCUCCUGGCCCAGGUGGUGCUCUCCUUCCAGGCCUACCCCACAUAUACCCGCUGUGCGCUGCUGGAGGUACAGGUGCCUGCCGCCCUGGUGCUGCCUGGCCAGUCUGUGGGCUCUGCAGUGUUUGACUGUUUCGAGGCUGGUCUUGGGGCUGAGGUGCGAAUCUGGUCCUACACACAGCCCAGGUACCAGAAAGAACUCAACGUCACACAGCAGCUGCCUGACUGCAGGGGUCUUGAAGUCCGGGACAGCAUCCAGAGCUGCUGGGCCCUGCCCUGGCUCAAUGUGUCUGCAGAUGGUGACAAUGUUCGCUUGGUACUGGACGUCUCUGAGGAGCAGGACUUUGGCUUCUUACUGUACUGGGAUCAGGUUCAGGGUCCUCUCAAAUCCUGGAAGCAAAAAAACCUGACUGGACCACAGACUAUUCCUUUAAACCACACAGACUUGGUUCCCUGCCUCUGCAUUCAGGUGUGGCCCCUGGAGCCAGAUUCUGUUAGGACCAGCUUCUGCCCCUUCCGGGAAGAUCCCCGAGCACACCGGAACCUUUGGCACAUAGCCAGGCUGCGGCUGCUGUCCUCAGGGAGAUGGCAGCUAGAUGCACCAUGCUCUCUGCGGGCCAAGAUGGCACUGUGCUGGCAGGCACCAGACCAGGGUCCCUGCCAGCCACUUGUGCCACCGAUGCUCCAGGAGAAUGUCACUGUGAAUAAGCCUCAUGAAUUCCCGUUGCUGAGAAGCCACCCCAACCUCUGUGUCCAGGUGAGCAGCUGGGAGAAGGUCCAGCUCCAAGAGUGCUUGUGGGCUGACUCCUUAGGGCCCUUCAAGGAUGAUAUGCUGUUAGUGGAGAUGAGAACUGGCCCAAACAACACAUCAGUCUGUGCCUUGGAACCCAGUGGCUGUACAGCACUGCCCAGCAAUGCCUCCACGAGAGCCGCUCACCUGGGAGAGCAGUUGCUGCAUGACUUCCGGACACAGCAGUGUGUGCAGCUGUGGAAUGAUGAUGACCUGGGAGCGCUAUGGGCCUGCCCCAUGGACAAGUACAUCCAUAAGCGCUGGGUCCUGGUGUGGCUGGUCUGCCUACUCUUGGUCGCUGCGCUUUUCUUCCUUCUCCUUCUAAAAAAGGACCGCGUGAAAGCGGCCCCCAGGGCGCGCACAGCCUUGCUCCUUCACUCCGCCGACGGAGCGGGCUACGAGCGUCUGGUGGGCGCGCUGGCGUCAGCGUUGAGCAAGCUGCCGCUGCGCGUGGCCGUGGACCUGUGGAGCCGCCGCGAGCUGAGCGCGCACGGGGCCCUGGCCUGGUUCCACGGGCAGCGGCACCGGACCUUGCAGGAGGACGGCGUAGUGGUCCUGCUCUUCUCGCCCGCGGCGGCGGCGCAGUGCCAGCAGUGGCUCCAACAUCAGACGGUGGAGCCAGGGCCGCACGACGCCCUCGCCUCCUGGCUCAGCUGCGUGCUGCCCGAUUUCUUGCAAGGCCGGGUGGCCGGCCGCUACGUCGGGGUCUACUUCGACGGGCUGCUGCACCCCGACGCCGUGCCCGCCCCGUUCCGCGCUGCGCCGCUCUUCUCCCUGCCCUCGCAGCUGCCUGGCUUCCUGGAUGUCCUGCAGGGAGGCUGCGCCCCGCGCCCUGGGCGGCUCGCGGACAGGGCGGAGCAAGUGGCCCAGGCCCUGCGGGCCGCCCUGGACAGCUGCACCUCGCAUUCGGGAGCCCCGGGCUGCGGCGAAGCAUGGGACCCGGGACCCUACCCUGCACUCGAAUAAAGACCGACGCAGUUAGCCUAACCGAGUAGCCCUCGCGUGUAUGUCGUACUUAUCAGCUAGCAGAGCCUUUAACCCCGCGGCCCUUUAAAGCCGGGACAGGUGCAGCCCGGCGCCGCUUCUGGUUGGUUGGCAUGGGGGUGACGCAAUGGCACAUGGCCGUCCCUCAUUGGCUGUGAGAAGGCCCCGCCCUUCUGACUGCGGCGUUGGAGAAGGUGGUACUUUACCGAGGCAGUGGCGUUUAGCAGACUCGGCCCACAACUCCCGGGGCGGGGGCGGGGACUUCUUUUUUCUCCUUGUAGUCUAGCCGGGUCUGGAUCCUUCCCGGCCUGUUGCAGGCCGUGUCUCCGUCUUCCAAAGAGGCUCUGAAUUUGACCCCUUCUCUUCAUAUCCGGAUCCGGGCUCCUCCCCCAGGACCGCCCAUCCGGCUUUCUCUCGAAAUAUUUGGGAUCUGACCCUUUCUAAUUCUGGCCCCUAAUAACUCACUGAGACCCUAAAACCAUGGGCUGACGCCUAGCCUUUUGCCAACGAUCCCGGCCACCUGCCCCUACGCCUGGCUUCUCCAGUGAACCCUCCCCUUGACGUGUAUCUGCACGUUCC